CUCAAAAUUAGAAAAUUUAACUUUACUAACUUAUAUAAAGAUAGAUGUCUUUGUUUAUUAAAUACGCCUAGCCAUACAAUUAGGCACAUUUCAGCUCUUACUAGAACUACAGUUAAACCUUUAACCUUUAUAUUUAUAGGUAGAGAUAUCGCACACCACGGGGUUAAGUUCCAGCUAACUAAAUAUAUACCCUUACUUACAAAAAUCUAUCCACACCUAUUCAAGCAUGGUUUCUCGCAUGUACAACCAAAGUGCCCUAGCGAGGUAUCCCUUUCAAUACACCCCCAAAAAGGGUCGCACUAA